CGUCCCCCUUGGCGGGGCCCCGUCCUGCGUGAGCGGCUCCAGUCCAGCCCGGUGGCCGGAGGCGUCUAGCGGGACCGAGUCGCUGCGGCCCAUGGGGGGCCGAGCCCCAGCGCCCGGCACGGGGAGCAGCCUGAGCCCGAGCGCGGGGAGCUCACGGGGCGCGCCAUGGAGCCCGAGCCAGUGGAGGACUGUGUGCAGAACACGCUGUCAGCCCUGUACCCGCCCUUUGCGGCCACAGCACCCACGCUGCUGGGGCAGGUGUUUGAGGUGGUGGAGCGGACGUACCGGGAGGAUGCCCUGCGCUACACCAUUGAGUUCCUUAUACCUGCCAAGCACAUCCUGGCACGCAUUCAACAGGAGGCCUGUGCCCAGUACAGCGGGUUUGUGUUCUGUCAUGAGGGCUGGCCGCUCUGUCUGCAUGAGAAGGUGGUGGUGCAGCUCAGCUCCCUGCCCUGGCAGCAGCUGUGUCCUGGUGACUUCUACCUGCAGGUGGCCCCCUACCUGUCCCGUGCCCCCCGCCUGGUGCUCAAGUGCCUGUCGCCGGACGGGCGCAGCGUGCAGGAGCUGCCAGUGCUGCCUGACGCCUACCCAUUCCUCUUCACUGCUGAGUGGCUGAACGGCAUCAACAAAGACCGGCGGGCCGGGCGGCUGGAGCGUUGCCUGCUGGCAGCUGAAGAGCGGGUUCUGCGCCUGCCCUGGACCGAACUCAUCUGCCCGCAGUUCGUGCACCAGGACAGCUUCAUGGUGGGGCAGCGUUGCCUGCCGGGCCCCAGCCCUGAGGUGCUGGGGGCUCGCAGCCCUGGGGACGGGCGCCACUCAGGCGGGGAGAGCCAGGAGGCGGAGGGUGGGGGCCUGGAGGGGGAGUAUGUGCAGCUCCUGGAAAUCAGCCCGCCCCGGCACGACGCCCCCCCAACCCCAGUGUCCCCCAGUUCCCAGAGCCACACCCUGCCCGCCCGCAAGGGCCAGGGCAAGGGCCGCAACCGGCGCCAUCGUGCCUGGCUGCACCACAAGCCCAGCCGGGAGGAGACUCUGCCCAGGAACCGGCCCCGCAGGACCUGGGAAGGGGGGCGGCCAGGGGCGGAUCCCGGCCAAGCAGGGCUCCUCCGGGGCUGGGACCUACAGAGGCCAUACGGAGAGACUGGAGGGCUGAGGGCCAGCCACGGGGAUGGGCAGGAUCGGGGGGGCCCCGCACACAAAGUGGCAGCACAGAGUCGGGGCAAAGAGGGGCAGCUGCCUGGGGAGAGGCAGUGGGGAGGAGACACUGGAGAGAGGGCAGGGGAUCCCAGCCUGGGGGUUGAGCAGCAGGGUGGGGACCCUCCGGAGGGGCAGCGGGGAGGGGAUCCCAGCCUCAGGGAGAUGCAGCGGGGCAGGGACCCUGAGGAGAAGCAGCAGGAUGGGGUCCCUGGGGAGAGGCAGCAAGGAGGGGAUUGCAGCCUCAGGGAGGUACAGCGGAGCGGGGACCCUGAGGAGAAGCAGUGGGAUGGGGUCCCUGGGGAGAGGCAGCAAGGAGGGGAUUGCAGCCUUGGGGAGGUACAGCGGAGCGGGGACCCUGGCCCCCCAGCCAUCUCUCCCCAGCCCAGCACUGUGGCUGAGGUGCAGGGGCUCAGUGAGGGAGGGGGGCAGGCGGCCUGGCCAGCUGCAUGGCCUAGCCCCGGGCAGCGGGAACAGAGCCAGGGCCUUCCAAGGCCGAGCAGCCCCCGGCAUGAGGCUCCCAGCCCUGACUUGAGGCCAGCCAGAGCAGAGCCACCAGGAGCCAGGACUAGCCCCCAGCAAGGGGCCGUUGGGAACUCUGCUCCAGGGCUGCCACACCGGGCUGCCAAGGGCAACCGCAGGAGGAGAAAGUGGGGAGGGAGAGGCUGCCCCACCAGUGUGGAUUGGAAGGAGCCUGGGUCUCCUGGGGCAGGGGUGGGGAACGCCCCGGCUGGCACCAAAGAGGGGGGUAUCCCUGCUGGCACCGGACUCCCUGUUGUCCCCACCCCAGGAGAGGGGGACAUCCCUCCGAGCACCAAAAAGGAGGGCAGCCCUUCUGGCACCAGACUGCCCAUUACCUCCACCCCAGGAGAGGGGGGUGUCCUCCCCAGCACCAAAGAAGGGGGCAGCCCCUCUGGCGCCAAACAGCCUGUUGCCACCACCCCAGGAGAAGGGGGUGUUCUCCCCAUCAGCACAGAGGGGGGCAACGCCUCUGGCACCAGACUCCCCAUUACCCCCACCCCAGGAGAGGGGGGCACCCCCCCCAGCAGCACAGAGGGGGGCAAAGCCUCUGGCACCAGACUCCCCAUUGCCCCCACCCCAGGAGAGAGGGACAUCCCCCCCAGCAGCAUGGAGCCGGACAGCCCCUCUGUCACCAGACUCUCGGUUGCCCCCACCCCAGGAGAGGAGGCCAUCCCCCCAAGCCAAGAGGAAGAGACUUGUGCUGACUGCCUCGGGCAGGGGGCCCUCACAGCCGCCCCGGCAGAGGCUGCAGUCCCCACCGGCGCAGAGGAAGAGGCUGCCCCCGGAUCGCUGGAGAGGACGGAGGCUGUUGGUGCUGGUGCAGCCCCCUUUGUGGAGAGUGUUUUGCCCCUCACGGGGGGUGCAGGAACCUGCUGCCCCGUGGAAUCCCUGUCUCCCACCUCAGCCCCUGUGGGGCAAGAUGUAGACUGGGAGCUUUUGCGCUCAGGCAUCUUUCAACUGACAGGCGGAGUAGACCGGAUGGGAAGGGCCUUACUGACCGUCACCCCCCAUACCCCAGGGGAGCCGACCCCAGCCCAGGGGGAACUGAGCCAGGCCCUGCGGUACCUGCAUUCGCUGCUCAGGAAGGAGCAGCAGGAGCUGGGGCUGACUGUGCUGCUGGAUCUGCGGCAAGGGGGGUCUCUGUCCCUCCACCCCCCUGCACUGCUGCCAGCCCUGCAGGAGCUGCAGGAGGCUUCACCAGCUCCUGUGAGCCGCCUGCUGGUGCUGGCCCCACUGGAGGGCCGCGAGGAGCUGCCCCUCACUCAGGAGGCACUUGUGCUCUCCCCAGGCGACCUGCCUCAGUUCGUGGACCUAGAGCAGCUGCAGCCGACUCUGGGCGGAACCCUGCAGCACUCACAGACCCAGUGGGUGGAGAUAUGCCAGGCGCUGGAGCGGCUCUGCGGGCUCUGCCAGGGCGUGAUCCAAUCGGUGCAAGUGGCCAGUGCCGAGUUGGAGGCAUCAGAAUUGGCCGAGAGUGACGAGGCUCUCUCUGUGCGGAUCUCCAGGCACAAGGAUGCCAUGCAGAAGCUGCUGUCAGACCCACGGCUGCUGGAGUUGCAGAGCAGCGGGGGGUCCCUGCUGGCUCAACUGCCCCCACCAGGGAGCUGCAGUGCGCAGGCCGCGAGGGCUGCCAGCUUGUAUCAGGAGGUGGACGAUGCCAUUCAUAGGCUGGUGCAGCUCAGCAAUCGGCGCCUGGGGCAGCUGGAGCAGGAGAGGGGCCGCCGGCAGAUGACACAGGCGGUGGGCUGGCUGGCUGACCAUGGGGAGCAGGCGCUGGCAGGAUUCACCCCCAUGGAGGUGGGGGAUUCGGUGUUGGCCGUGGAGGAGACUCUGGCGAAGUUUGAGGCUUUUCACACCCUCGCCAAGGAAUGGCUGGCCCGGGGGCAUGAGGCUCUGCAUCUGGUUGGUGACGGGGACCUGGCAGCUGAGAGGCAGCAGCUGGAGAGCUUCGAGCGCCGGCUGGAGAGCUGUGCGCACACCAUGCACAAUGCCCUGCGGCUGCACCGCUUCCUGCAGCAGGCUCAGGACUGGGCCCUGGAGGGUGUCCGGCGCCUGUCGGCCAUUGAGGACGGCGCAGGGCCGGAGGUGGUGCUGGGGACGCUGGGCCGGUACUGCCAGCAGCAUGGCGAGAUCUCGGACAGCGCCUUCCAGGAGAUGCGUGGGCUGGCGGUGCAGAGUCCCUGGGCGCUGCGGGAGUUGGGGCGCUGUCGGGUCCGCUGUCAGGAGCUGGGGCGCCUCCUGCAGCGGCGGCUGGAGGUGGCAUUGCAGGCUGGACCCCCGCCCCGCCGCCGGGCUGACAGCACCAGCGCCUCCUGCUCACCGCAGCGCCCAGUGAGGGGCCUGGGCACUGGCCUGGGCUCCUCCCGCAGCAUGAGCUGCCUGCUGCCACCGCCCGGCAGCCUCUCCCCUGGCCUGUGUGAGGUUCCCUCUUGCCACUCACUAGCGUCCCCCAGGGGCCCCAUGGAGAAUAGCGAUGAAGAACGGAGCCCCCCUCCCACCAGCACCCCCACCUCUGCCUUCUUCCAGGCACCCACGCUGCCUCUGGGCACACUGCCCCCCUGCCAGCCUCCUGCAAAGGGUCCCCCCAGCACGCAGAGGGCACUGAGCGAGCCCGGCCCUCCCCGUCCCAGCGUCCUCAUUCGCGGGCUGGAAGUGAGCAGCCAGGAGGUAGUGGACAGGACCUGCUCGCCCCGGGAGCACGUGAUGCUGGUUCGCAGCAGCGCCCAGAGAGCCGAGGCGCCAUGGGGGGGCACGCCCAGCACUGAGUGGAAACGCCGCCUAGGCGCCCAGCAGCGGCUGGUGGCAGAGCUGAUCGCCUCCGAGCAGAAGUAUCUGGGCUGCCUGGCUGAGUUGCUGCCCCUGGAGUCGGGGUGCCAGGAGCUACCCCCCGAGCUGAAACGCGAGUGCAGUGCCUUGGAGGGCACCCGCGACCGGCUGCUGGGCUUCCACCGCACUUACUUCCUGAAGGAGCUGCAGGGCUGCGCCAGCCACCCCCUCCGUGCAGGGGGCUGCUUCCUGCGAUAUGCGGACCAGUUCAGUCUCUAUGCCCUCUACGUGAAGAACCGGCAGAAGCUCGAUGCAGCACUGGCCUCUCAGCAAGCUGCCAACAAGACAGCACACAGCAGCCUAGAAGGUCCCUGGGAGGAUACGGCGCUGGCAAGUGCCCUGCAGAGGCCCCUGGAGCAGCUGGAGCGCUAUGGGCGCUUUCUGGAGGAGCUGCUGCAGGAGACGGACCUGGAGCAGGCGCCGGAGCGCGAGGCCUUGCGGGCAGCGCAGCAGCUGCUGGAGUCCCAGGUGCAGCAUGGCAGGAACCUGCUGGCCAUGGAGCAGAUCCGGGGCUGUGAGCUGGAGCUGAAGGCGCAGGGGCAGCUGCUGCACCGGGACGAGUUCACCGUGCUGCGUGGGCGCCGCAAGUGCCAUCGACACGUCUUCCUCUUCGAGCAGCUGCUGCUCUUCAGCAAGCGCAAGGGCACCGAGGGCGGCUUGGACGUCUACGUCUACAAGCAGGCCUACAAGACAGCAGAUAUGGGGCUGACGGAGAACAUCGGGGAGAGCGGGCUGCGAUUCGAGCUCUGGUUCCGGCGUCGCAAGCUGCGUGAGGCCUACACGCUGCAGGCCUCCUCACCUGAGGUGAAGCACAAAUGGACCAGUGCCGUGGCCCAGCUGCUGUGGAGGCAGGCCACGCUCAGCAAGGAACUGCGCACGCAGGAGAUGGUCUCCAUGGGCAUCGGGGACAAGCCCUUUGUCAGCAUCCAGGGCCCUAGCCAGGUCCUGCUGAGCAGCCUGCUCACAGGCAGAGCCGCCCGCACCCGUGCCUCGGUGGCUCUCUCUUCCUUCAGCCCCUGGGCCGGGGCCCCAUGCUCCCCGCCGGCUGCUACGUCAUCCCCCCGCCCCGGCCCUGCCCCCCUGGGCCUGUUCUGUGAUGCCAGCCCUGUGCCCCCUGCGGCAGGGCGCUCCCCCGGGGCCUGCUCGCUGCCAGGGCACCUGGAGGAGGAGGAGUGGGAGCUGGACGUCAAGCACAUCCCCCGUGCGUCCGAGACAGCCGCUGGCUCAGGAGCUACUCCGGCUCUGGGGGAGCUGUCCCCCAGGGGGGCAGAGUCGCCAGGGGGCUCUGCCCCAGUGCAGCGCCGGCUGAACUGGGUCUGGAGCCUGCACAGGAAGCUGUUUGCCUCACGUGGUCGCGUGGGGCAGGAUCGGAGCCCUGGGGCCGCCAGGAAUAGGACAGUCUGAGUCCCUGGCAGACCCCUGGCACCACAUCCCACAGGCUUUUCCCCAUGGAUCCUCCCCUCCCCACCCACUGCAUGGAGCCACCAGACAACCCCCAGCCACUGCCCCAUGGGUCCUCCCCUCACCCUUCAUGGGACUACUAGGACCCUGUAGCUACCAUGCGGGCUGGGGGAUGGGUAUCAGUGGAGGGCGCAGCGCCCCAUGGCCUGGGAGGGGAAGGACAGUGAUGGUGUGGGCAGGAAACCCAUCUGGCCUGGGCGUCAGAGCAGUGGGGCUGGCAUGGGGCUAGAGGGGCAGUGAGAGCUGCACCCUGAGUCCAGCAAGGGACUGAAUAGCAUGAGGACCCCCCCCACGGAGCCUGAGCAUGCCCACCUCUGGCCCCGCACAUUCACCCAGCCCUACGCGCACAUGCAGAGCAAAGCCCCCAUGAGGAUUGCCACUCACGUGCAUACUGAUCCCUGUCUCACCCAGCUGUGCACACACUGAUCCCUGUCUCAUCCAGCCAUGCCUCCAUGUGCCCCAACCCCUUCACGUGCCCAUGCCCACACUGAUCCCUGUCUCACCCAGUGGUGACUCCACGUGCCACAACCCUUCACGUGCACACGCCCACGCACACACUGAUCCCUGCCUCACCCAGCCAUGCUGCCAUAUGCAAUGGUCCCUUCACGUGCUCACGCCCACACUGAUCCCUGUCACACCCAGCGGUGACUCCACGUGCAACGACCCCUUCAUGUGCACACACCCACGCACACACUGAUCCCCGUAUCACCCAGCCGUGCCUCCACGUGCCACAACUCUUCACGUGCACACGCCCACGCUCACACUGAUCCCUGUCUCAUCCAGCCAUGCCUCCAUGUGCCACAACCCCUUCACGUGCCCACGCACACACUGAUCCCUGUCUCACCCAGCCGUGCCUCCACGUGCAACGACCCCUUCACAUGCACACGCACACACUGAUCCCUGUCUCAUCAGCCGUGCCUCCAUGUGCCACAGCCCUUCACGUGCACACGCCCACGCACACACUGAUCCCUGCCUCACCCAGCCAUGCUGCCAUAUGCAAUGGUCCCUUCACGUGCUCACGUCCACACUGAUCCCUGUCUCACCCAGCGGUGACUCCACGUGCAAUGACCCCUUCAUGUGCACACACCCAUGCUCACACUGAUCCCUGUCUCACCCAGCUGUGCCUCCAUGUGCAACGACCCCUUCACGUGUACACACCCAUGCACACACUGAUCCCUGUCUCACCCAGCCGUUCCUCCACGUGCUAUGACCCCUUCAUGUGCACAUGCCCACGCACACACUGAUCCCUUUCUCACCCAGCCGUGCCACAACCCCUUCACAUGCCCACGCACCCACUGAUCCCUUUCUCACCCAGCCGUGCCACAACCCCUUCACAUGCCCACGCACCCACUGAUCCCUUUCUCACCCAGCCGUGCCUCCACGUGCAACGACCCCUUCACAUGCACACACCCAUGCACACACUGAUCCCUGUCACCCAGCCAUGACUCCACGUGCAACGACCCCUUCAUGUGCACAUGCCCACGCACCCACUGAUCCCUUUCUCACCCAGCCGUGCCUCCACGUGCAAUGACCCCUUCACAUGCACACACCCAUGCACACACUGAUCCCUGUCACCCAGCCGUGACUCCACGUGCAACGACCCCUUCAUGUGCACAUGCCCACGCACCCACUGAUCCCUGUCUCACCCAGCUGUCUGCCCAUGUAAUGACCUCUCCAUACAACCACACUGAUCCCUGUCUCACCCUGCUGUGCCUCCAUGUGCAACAACCCCUUCACAUGCACACGCACACACACACACACACUGAUCCUUGUCUCACCUAGCCAUGCCUCCACGUGCAACAACCCAUUCACAUGCCCACGCCUACGCACACACUGAUCCCUAUCUCACCCACACUUAACUCUAUGUGCAGUGGUCCCUUCACGUGCCCACCCCCACACUGAUCCCUGUCUCACCCAGACUUGACUCCAUGUGCAACGACCCCUUCACAUGCACACACCCAUGCACACACUGAUCCCUGUCACCCAGCCAUGACUCCACGUGCAACGACCCCUUCACAUGCACACACCCACGCACACACUGAUCCCUGUCUCACCCAGACUUGAUUCCAUGUGCAAUGACCCCUUCACAUGCCCAUGCACACACUGAUCCCUGUCACCCAGCCAUGCCUCCACGUGCUACGACCCCUUCACAUGCACACACCCACGCACACACUGAUCCCUGUCUCACCCAGCUGUCUGCCCAUGUAAUGACCUCUCCAUACAACCACACUGAUCCCUGUCUCACCCUGCUGUGCCUCCAUGUGCAACAACCCCUUCACAUGCACACACCCACGCACACACUGAUCCCUGUCUCACCCAGCUGUCUGCCCAUGUAAUGACCUCUCCAUACAACCACACUGAUCCCUGUCUCACCCUGCUGUGCCUCCAUGUGCAACAACCCCUUCACAUGCACACGCACACACACACACACACUGAUCCUUGUCUCACCUAGCCAUGCCUCCACGUGCAACAACCCAUUCACAUGCCCACGCCUACGCACACACUGAUCCCUAUCUCACCCACACUUAACUCUAUGUGCAGUGGUCCCUUCACGUGCCCACCCCCACACUGAUCCCUGUCUCACCCAGCCAUGCCUCCACGUGCUACGACCCCUUCACAUGCACACACCCACGCACACACUGAUCCCUGUCUCACCCAGCUGUCUGCCCAUGUAAUGACCUCUCCAUACAACCACACUGAUCCCUGUCUCACCCUGCUGUGCCUCCAUGUGCAACAACCCCUUCACAUGCACACGCACACACACACACACACUGAUCCUUGUCUCACCUAGCCAUGCCUCCACGUGCAACAACCCAUUCACAUGCCCACGCCUACGCACACACUGAUCCCUAUCUCACCCACACUUAACUCUAUGUGCAGUGGUCCCUUCACGUGCCCACCCCCACACUGAUCCCUGUCUCACCCAGACUUGACUCCAUGUGCAACGACCCCUUCACAUGCACACACCCAUGCACACACUGAUCCCUGUCACCCAGCCAUGACUCCACGUGCAACGACCCCUUCACAUGCACACACCCACGCACACACUGAUCCCUGUCUCACCCAGACUUGAUUCCAUGUGCAAUGACCCCUUCACAUGCCCAUGCACACACUGAUCCCUGUCACCCAGCCAUGCCUCCACGUGCUACGACCCCUUCACAUGCACACACCCACGCACACACUGAUCCCUGUCUCACCCAGCUGUACCUGUGUAACGACUCAUCCACACGCACAUGCACACCCACUGCAUGGAGUAGUGUGCUGAGAUCCCGGUGUCACUCAGCCAUGUCUGCCCAUGAAAUGAUCCCGCCACAUGUGCACAUGCACACACAUGGGCCCCUUUUGCACCCACAGGCCAGCCUGCACAUGUCCAUUCGUGCUCCUGGGUCGACCUGCACCCGCACACACCUGUGUGUGUGCCUGUUCCACUCCCCUCCUGGAGCAGCCGCAGCCACCAGGGUUACUGCAAGG